AUGUUGGUAGAGAGCUCGCCAUCACUACUGAAACUGAAUGCAAUGUUCCCCCCUGCUACCUUGCUCUUACUGCCCAGACCUACUCCAACACAUCACCAGCAACAACAUCCACCGGCUCACAGCAACCACAACAGUAUGAUCUCCCAGCGUGAAAUAGCCAUCAUGUUGGCCCAAACAGCCAGUCACAAACUGAAUCAGGAACUAUCACGCCAUGCUUCUACGUCUAUAAGGAAGGUUGUAUUGAUGCAAAACCUCCUUACGGCUAUUCAUGAAAGUUGGUCGAAUGUCCAAAAUGUCGGACGAUACUCUGCUGCUGAAUCAUCAUACAACUAUGGAAGUAAUUGUAAUGGUAGUAAUAGUAGGGACAAUUCUGGAUCUUGGUCGGCUGGUUCUAACGAUGAUAUAGUAGAACUCACGUUGGAAGACAUGGUCGUCGGAGUUGAUUCAUCACAACAUAAACCAUCAUCACCAACAACAGACAGUAUAGAAGCAGAAGAAGAAGAUGGAACACCAAGUGAAACAGAAACUGAAUCGGAUUCCGGGUUGAGUGAUUUAGAUGCCCAAUUCGAAUCACUGCAUCUAAGUCUGUCGCAACCACCAACACUACCACCACAAACAUCUGCACCUCAUGUGCCUCUACCUAGUACACCAUCGAAUAACAACAGCAAUAGUAAUAGUUAUAAUUAUAUCGUAAAGUCCAAGUCAUGUCCCAUCUACAUCCCACCAGUGGAUGAUACUGAUGAUUCCUUCUUUGGUGAUGAGGGAUGUGGUGAGGAUGGUGGUGGAUGGGGAUAUGCUACCGAGAAGAUCAAGGCUCUGGUGGUGCCAUCCUCUAGACCUAUAGUUAUUGAGGCUUCUAGUGUAUGGGAGACACCAAAGGAACUGGAUAUAUUGGAACGAUUGUUUGAUGAACACAUGUUUGGAUCGCCUACCAUGGCGAUGUAUGAUGUCAGAGUCUAA